ACACUAUCACGUAAAAAGAGUAAAUCAUUUGAAUAAAACUUUUACGUGAUGGAAACAUGGUUCAUCGUCCUCAUUACUCUUUGCAUCAUCUUCCUCGUCAAAGCCAUUCUCUCCUCCUUCACAACCACCGUACCCCUCCCUCCCAGCCCACCACACAUCCCCAUCAUCACAAGCAUACAAUGGCUCCGAAAAUCAUUUUCCCAACUUGAACCUUUUCUCAAAACUCUCCAUGCCAAACAUGGUCCUAUCAUCAAUCUUAAUAUCGGCUCCAGACCUUCCAUUUACAUCUCCGACCGUGCUCUGGCCCACCACGCCCUCGUUCAAAAUUCAUCUCUCUUCUCCGAUCGUCCUAAAGCACUUCCCAGUCACAAACUCAUAUCUAGCAACCAGCACAACAUCAGCGCCGCUUUUUAUGGCCCAACAUGGUGUACCCUCCGUCGUAACCUCGCCUCUGAGAUGCUUCAUCCAUCCAAGAUCAAAUCAUUCUCUGAAAUUCGGAAGUGGGUUCUACACACUCUCAUCAACCGUCUCAAAAUUGCAUCAGAAUCUACAGAUUAUGUUACAGUUAUUCCACACUUUCAUUAUGCUAUGUUCUGUUUACUUGUUUUUAUGUGUUUUGGUGAAAGAGUUAACGAUGAAAAAAUUAAUGAUAUUGAGCGUGUACAAAGGACACUUUUGUUGAAGGUUAGCAGAUUCAAUAUACUGCAUUUCUGGCCAAAAGUUGCAUGGAUUUUGUUGCGUAAACAAUGGGAGGAAUUGUUGAUGUUGCGUAGAGAUCAAGAAGAUGUUUUGCUUCCGCUGAUAAGAGGGAGGAAGCAAGUUAAGGAGACUAAAUUGAACAAUGCUAAUACUGUUGUUUCCUACGUGGAUACACUUUUGGAGUUGGAGUUGCCAAUGGAAAAACGGAAGUUGACUGAGGAUGAAAUGGUUAGUCUUUGUUCGGAGUUUUUGAAUGCUGGUACAGAUACUACUUCCACCGCUUUGCAUUGGAUUAUGGCGAAUUUGGUGAAGUACCCGGACGUUCAAAGGAGGCUUGUGCAGGAGAUUAGGGAGUUCAUGGGUGGUGAUGGUGUUGUAGAGAAGGAGGAAGUGAAAGAGGAAGACUUGCAUAAACUUCGGUAUUUGAAGUGUGUGGUUUUGGAAGGGUUGAGGCGUCAUCCACCAGGGCAUUUUGUGUUGCCUCAUGCAGUGAGCGAUGAUGUGGUUUUGAAUGGUUAUUUGGUGCCUAAAAAUGGGACGGUGAAUUUCAUGGUGGCAGAGAUGGGGUUGGAUCCUCGUGUUUGGGAGGAUCCAAUGGAGUUUAAGCCAGAAAGGUUUUUGAAGGAUGAGACUUUUGAUAUUACAGGGAGUAAAGAGAUCAAGAUGAUGCCGUUUGGAGCUGGUAGGAGAAUUUGUCCGGGAUAUAAUUUAGCUUUACUCCAUUUGGAAUAUUUUGUGGCUAAUUUGGUUUGGAAUUUCGAUUGGAAGGUUCCGGAGGGUGGCCAUGUCGAUUUGUCAGAAAAAUUUGAAUUCACCGUGGUGAUGAAAAAUCCAUUGCAAGUUCAUAUUUCUCAUAGAAUAUAG